AUGGAUGAUUCACAAAUUUCAGCUCAAUUGAAGCAAAUGCAAAACUUCAUUCUCAAUGAAGCCCAAGAUAAAGCCGACGAAAUCAAGGCAAAGGCCACUCAAGAGUUCACCUCUGAGAAGGGUAGAAUCUUCCAAUCUGAGAAAUUAAAGAUCAUCAAGGAUUAUGAAAAGAAGGUUAAGCAAAUUGAAGUACAAAAGAAGAUUAACUUGUCAAAUGAAUUGAACAAGGCACGUUUGUCAGUUUUGAAGGUCAGAGAAGAGUGUCUCCGUGAAGUCGUCAGUGAAGCUCACAAGAAGUUGGCUGUCAUCUCACAAGACAAGGAGAGAUAUGCUGCCGUCUUGAAGAAUUUGAUUCUCCAAGGUUUGAACAAGUUGGGUGAGGACCAAGUUCUCAUUGUUUUCCGUCAAGAGGAUCUCCCAAUCGCUGACAAGGCUUGCUCAGAGGCCGCUGCUGCCUACAAGGCCAAGUCCGGUAAGAGCGUCACCGUCACCGUCGACAAGCAACGUUUCCUCCCACCAGGUCCAAAGGCCGACUCCAAGGGUCCAACCUGUUGCGGUGGUGUCAUUCUCUCUGCCCUCGAAGGUAGAAUCAUCUGUAAGAAUACUUUGGACGCUCGUCUCGAUAUCUGUUUUGACCAAAUGACCCCAAUCGUCAGAACCACCUUGUAUGGUCCAACAGAAUCCAGAAAAUUCUUUGACUAA